UGUUCUCUACUUUGUGUGUGAGCGUGAUUGAUUGUGGGGAGAGCUUAUGAAACUAGGAAGGACACUGUGAGAGAGGACACGGAGGUUUUCAGGACAGGAGGGGAUAAUAGAACACAUGUGGCCUGGAUGCUGAAAGGGGAGGGGACUGCUAAAGGUGGAUGGGUACAAAGGGAGAUGAGGAAAAGAGCAGGGAGGAAUUUCAACAAAAGCACAUUAUGUAUGAAAAGACUGCAAUGAAACCUGUUUGAAGUCUGAUGUCUAAAAAGUUAUGGGGGAAAAAAACCUUACAACUGUAGAGUCCUGACUUAAUUGUUCUAUAAUAUGGCCGGGGUAAUGGAAUUUUAAGAGGCAGUUUCUCCAGGAGAUUCUGUUGUGCAAGCAAAAUGGAGAAUGCUAACCUCAAACCAUGAAGUCAUGUCUGGAAAUUCUUUGUUUACAAAGAAACAAAAGGCUUAAUCCUAUCCUCACCAUGUGCUACUUCCUGGUCAGUUUGUUGACGAUUCAUUCAGUAAGAUGGCAGAAUUUCCGUAGUAUAUUUGACAUCUUGGUGUCUUAUCCACCUCAGUCUCAGCUCCCUUGGCUAGAAAAUUAAAUGGGCUUUGCACAAAUUCCAAGCCAAACUGAAAUCCCGACUGCACUAUUACUAUCCCUUUCUUCUGGUUGUUACUAACAGGAAAUUCAAUGUCGUCAGAAGACCUGGAAGCCCAGGAGGAUGAACUACUGGCCCUGGCGAGUAUUUACGAUGCAGAAGAGUUUAGAAAAGCAGAGUCUGUCCAAGGUGGAGAAACCAGGAUCUAUCUGGAUCUGCCGCAGAAUUUCAAGAUAUUUGUGAGCGGCAAUUCAAAUGAGUGUCUCCAGAAUAGUGGCUUUGAACACACCAUUUGCUCUCUGCCACCACUUGUGCUGAACUUUGAACUGCCACCAGAUUAUCCAUCCUCCUCCCCACCUUCAUUCACACUUAGUGGCAAAUGGCUGUCACCAACUCAGCUCUCUGCUCUCUGCAAGCACCUAGACAACCUGUGGGAAGAACACCGAGGCAGUGUGGUGCUGUUCGCCUGGAUGCAGUUUCUUAAGGAAGAGACCCUCACCUACCUGAAUAUUGUCUCUCCUUUUGAGCUCAAGAUGGGCUCUCAGAAAAAAGCCCAGAGAAGGACGACGGCUCAGGCCUCUUCCAGCACAGAGCUAGGUUUUGGAGGAGCUGCUGGACACGAUGUAGACCAAGAAGAAAUUGUGGAUGAGAGAGCUGUACAGGAUGUAGAAUCAUUGUCAAGUCUGAUCCAGGAAAUCUUGGACUUCAAUCAAGCUCAGCAGAUGAAGAGCUUCAAUAGCAAAUUGUUCCUGUGCAGUAUCUGUUUCUGCGAGAAGCUGGGUAGUGAGUGCAUGUACUUCUUGGAGUGUAGACAUGUGUACUGCAAAGCCUGUCUGAAGGACUACUUUGAAAUCCAGAUCAAAGAUGGCCAAGUUAAAUGCCUCAAUUGUCCAGAACCAAAGUGCUCUUCAGUGGCUACUCCUGGUCAGGUCAAAGAGCUGGUGGAAGCUGACUUAUUUGCCCGUUAUGACCGCCUCCUUCUCCAGUCUACCUUGGAUCUAAUGGCAGAUGUGGUAUACUGCCCCCGUCCAUGCUGCCAGCUCCCGGUGAUGCAGGAGCCUGGCGGUACCAUGGCUAUCUGCUCCAGCUGCAAUUUCGCUUUCUGUACCUUGUGCAGACUGACCUAUCAUGGGGUCUCUCCAUGUAAGGUAACUGCAGAGAAAUUAAUAGACUUACGAAAUGAAUACCUACAAGCAGAUGAAGCUACUAAAAGGUUCUUGGAACAGAGGUAUGGCAAGAGGGUGAUUCAGAAGGCCCUGGAAGAGAUGGAGAGUAAAGACUGGCUGGAAAAGAACUCCAAGAGCUGCCCCUGCUGUGGGACACCCAUACAGAAGCUGGACGGCUGUAACAAGAUGACCUGUACCGGCUGUAUGCAGUACUUCUGCUGGAUCUGCAUGGGUUCUCUCUCCAGAGCCAACCCUUACAAACACUUCACUGAUCCCGAGUCCCCAUGCUUUAACAGACUGUUCCAUGCCGUGGAUGUUAACGGGGAUGUUUGGGAAGAUGAAAUUGAAGACUAGUUCAUUCCUCUGCUCAACAUACAGAGAUGGAAUGUUUGCCCUAAUCUUCUGUCAAGUACACAAAGAAACUUUGCGAGACACUUAGGGUGCUGUAUAUUCACUCUUCCUGUGGAGAAGGAAGAACAGGGUUGAUAUUUUUCUUUGGUACUACUGAUUAAGGCACACACAUUUUUUUUCCAUGUAACAUAAUUCUGAUAAAAUUAUAUGCCAAAGGUUCGGAAAUGCAAACUAUAGUAGAUUAAAUAUUAUAAUAUGUCCAAACUGUGGAUAGUAUAAAGUGAAUAUUUAUUUUCUUCCCCAAGCAUUAGGUUAGGGAGAGGGUCAAGAGUUAAACUUUGAGACUGUGUCCAGGAAGGCUGACCUUGCUGGAGCCCUCUCAAGACUCUCCUUUGGUAGCUGGGGACAGUCACAGCCCCGUUGACACUGAGAGCCUGAUCCACUGGCUACACACUGCUUGCUCCUCCUCCAGUUCUCCAUGGAGGACCUUCCACUCUGUGACCAACCAGACGUCCCAGUGUCCUUCUGACCCUCCACUUUCCAAAUAGAAACUGACAAUAAAUUUUAAAGUACUUUAGUCCCACAAGCCCCGUGGGUCACUUGAUGUUUAUGAAUGGUGUGUUGAAUCAAUCCACUGGUGUAGAACCAAAUGCAGAAGGAGUGAAUCUGGCUCAGGGCCCCCCUCCUGCUCACCUGGGGAGAAGAGUCAGAGCUGUCUGCCCCCAUUUUGUUCUCUACUCUCUCCCCUUUGCUCUCCUGCCUUCUGUGGGCAAGGACCGUUGGUGUUGAUUUCAACAGUGUGUGUUUUCAUUUCCUCUGCUCGAAUAGGAAAGAGCCCAGUUUAUUCCUCAGAUGAAUGUUCUCUGAACCUGUGGACAGACAGCACCAUGGUUCUGGCCCCAACCUUCUGAACAUUCAGGUCUUCUCUAAUAACCUAUAGGAAUUGGGCUUCCUACACUCCCUGCUUAGACAGCCGAGUUUGGGGUGAUAAUUAUAGCUUGAUGGCUGGAUUCCUGUUUCUGGGUGUUAUUGGCUUUUUGGAAAACUGUCUUCCUCGUGAUUCUGUAAGUGGCUUUGUAGUAGUCCACUUGGUGGACGUUUGGAGAAGGACAGGAAUUUACUUGCUUCUGUGAACAUGUGUUUUCUACUUUGACACUGAAAAUUAAGGAAUUGCUUAACUGUCAGCACGGACUGCUUCUGGAUGUCAGUGAGGAUGCUUAAUCUUAAAAAUAAAAAUAAUUUAAAAUUCA